UACAAUUCUUGCAAUUUUUUUAAUAUAUAUUUUUAUUUAUAUAAGUAAAAAUAAUUUAUUUUGUAUAUAUAAUUAAUAAUAUUCAAAUAAAUAUUAACUAAUCAAUUAAAAAUCAGAAAUAGAUUGUUUUUUCAUUAUCUUUCAUUAAAUUCUUGAUUUUUUGUAUAUAUGCAUAUAGUAUUUGAAAGAAAGAAAUAAUAUAAAGAUUUUGUUACGAAAAAUUUUGUUAUAUAUCAAAAAAAAAUUUUGUAUAACUAAAAUAUCUUUUUUAUUUUAAUCAUAUUAUUAAAUAUCAAAAUGUAUAUUUGUUAUUAUUAUAAAAAGAAUAAAAUUAAUAAAUUAUUUAAACUUUUUUAAAUACAUGUCAUUCAUACCAUCUAUUGAAUGACAAAUGGCAACAUAAUUUCAUCUUGCACUAAACUUUUGUCGCUAAAGGGAUUAAAUUUUUUUAAAUCCAAAGUUCAUUUAUUAUUUUAUUAGAUAAUUAAUGAAAAAAAAUUAUAUUUUGUAAAUAAAUUAUUUAAACAACUAAAGACAUCGUAUAUUAAUAAUUUUAAAAUAUAUACACAUAAUAAACGAAUAAUAAUUGAGUGAUUUUUUUGAAUAAUCUUGAAUAAUUUUUUUUGAAUUUUCCAUAUUUAAAAUUUUAAGAAAUUAUAUUAAGAAUAUACAUGGAACGCCCAAUCGCUUAUUUAACAAGAAAAGAAGUAAUAUCCAGCUGUCACCGUUUACACAAUGAAAAUUUAACUGAAGAGGAAAAUAAAAAAAUAUAUGGAAAAUGUAACAAUUAUUGGGGACAUGGUCAUAAUUAUACAGUUGAAGUGACUGUAUGUGGACCUGUGGAUUCUACAACAGGUAUGGUUAUGAAUAUAUCAGAUUUAAAAUUAUACAUGAAAAAAGUAUUAAUGGACCAAUUAGAUCAUAAAAAUUUGGAUAAAGAUGUACCUUAUUUUAAAAAUAUCAUUUCUACUACUGAAAAUGUAGCCGUCUAUGUUUUUAAUGAAUUAAAAAAAAUUAUGCCAAAUUCAGAUCUUUUAUAUGAAGUUAAGAUUUUUGAAACUGAUAAGAAUGUCGUUAUUUAUAGAGGAGAAAAAAAAUAAACUGUUAAUUUUUUUUAAUAUUUAAUUAAAUAAAGAUUAAAUAAAAAUUUUAUUUUCUAAAAGAAA